GUCCCUGGCCUCAGUUUCCCAUCUGGCCAGUGGGUUUCCGGACUCCUCGUCCUCGAGGCCGCUCCGCAGCGACAGUGGUGGACUCAGCAGUUCACACAGCAGGGCCAGUGACUGACUACCUCCACGUGCCACCAGGGGUCUAAGGAGGAAUGGCGGCCAUGGGCAGCCUGCUUGGCCUGCUGCGGCAGAGUGCCAUGAAAGCAGCCACCCCCGUGCCUCACCACCUGCAUACAUCCUCCUGGUGGGCCGACAGCAACAGGGCCUUGCUCACUCGUGUACGCCGCCAGGCCUAUGCACGCCUCUACCCAGUGCUGCUGGUCAGGCAGGACGGCUCUACCAUCCACAUCCGCUACAGGGAGCCUCGACGCAUACUGGUGAUGCCCAUAGACCUGGACACCCUUUCUCCUGAGGAGCGCAGGGCCAGGCUCCGGAGGCGCGAGGCUCAGCUCCGGCCGAGGAAGGAGGAGGAGCCAGAGCCUGUCGACAGUUUUGAUGUGGAGCAUUACAGACAGUUUUGGACCAAGACCAAGAAGUGACUGCAGCUUGUAAUGACCCGGGGACAUUGUGAAAACAGGAGGGUGUCCAUCUUUAAAUUAAUUUUAAAUUA